AUGUCCGAGGCCAGCGUCAACAAGGCGCCUGAGGCCAAAACCCAGAUUCGCUGCCACUGUAACAGGGUCUUUAAGGACUCAACAGCGAUUGAGCAACACUGGCGCGAUACAAAGCCUCACAAACCAAAGAACCCUAACUCCACGCCCAAACCCGACACAUUGAUGAGGUGCAGCUGUGGCCGUGGUUUCAAGUCUGAACAGGCACUUCAGCAGCAUAAAAGCAUGUCUCCUCGUCACCCAAGAAAGGGGUCGAUAGCACGGGCGGAUACAAAAGCCUCUGGCGCCCGAGAGAACAUGAAAGACAUCAAUGACUUCAAGGCCACAGAGGCCGGUAGUACAACAGCAGAUAUCUCAAACCUACCACGGGACGAGGGCCAUAGAGAUGAGGAUAAUGCCAACAUUCAGCAAGGAAGUCAACCGUUUCAACGUACAGACUCCCCAAAUCAGGCGGACAGAGCCGAUGUAGCCGUAACAUCGUCCUAUACCUGGUACCCCGGCGUUGGCGACGACCAUUCCCUGUGCUACGAUCGCUGCGGAUGGUGUGGCCAUUGUGCUGGUGGAACUUCCAGAUUUGCCACCGUCUUUAAUCUGUCGCUCCGGUUUGAACUGCAGGGAAACAACAGUCUGCCACCAACCGGAAGAUAUCCAUAUGUUCAGAUACAAGUUCAUGGCGGUGUCAUCUCCGACAUUGAGGAAACAAGUACCUAA